CUAUAACUGGCCCCUUGGGGCUCAUCAGUGGCCAGGGUCAUUUGAGGAUCAGAUCCAAGGGAGGAGGAAGAUGAACGUAAGAGUAGCCUUUGGAGGUGUCCACUGUGAAGUUCAUGGCACUCUGAUUUUGAAAACAGUGAUAUUAGAGAGGUUUCGAUAGUGCUCAUCUUUCUCGAUUCGUAAAUUUCCUCUUCCUCCUCAACCCCGCUCUCGUCAUAGCGUUGCUCAAGAAUCGAUUUUGAGUGUCGUGAUUCUAAAACUCUCGGGUGCUCUUCAUCAGACUCAUCUUCAUCAGAUUCAGGGAGACCACAUCCUUGGAAAUCAUCCAACCGAGAGACAGAGGCAUUUGUGUUUUCGGAGUCCUCAGCUUCUGGUUCCAUUUCCGAUUCACUUGUAAAGUCCUCAGCGUCUCCAGUGAUACCUUGGUUGGAAGACAAACACCUCUUUAAAUUCACUAGAUAUUCAAAUUGUUGCUUCACACGUCUUCCAGAGAGUGUCACUUUGCUUUUUGCACUUUGAUUCAAGCUGUAAAUGGAAUGGUAUGUAAUAUCAUGAGGAAAACAGCCUCCACCUUCCAAGUGAACAAGAAAAAGAAUUAGAUGGAUGCACUCCAAGUUCUCUUGUUUAUAAAAGGAGGGUUGCUGUCACCUUAACAAGUGUGGCAGCAGCAACAUUUCCAUUUAUGACUGUUUCAUAUAUUGAGGAAAUGGGCCGACAGCUUUUGGGGUUAUAAAAUGCCAAUAUAUUUUUAACUGAAUAAAAAAAAAACUGUCACCACGGACAUUGGUUUAGUAGAAAAGCAAUUCUUCAAGACAAUCUGGUCAUGACAUUGUCAUGCCGUCACCACAAGGUGGUAUCAUAGUUGUGGUUAUUUUGGAGGGAGUGAGCCUAAUUCAACAGAAGAUAUACAGGCUCUUCUGUAGAACUCUCUUCUCACUUGGUUCCACUUCAUGUUACCACCUUUGGUGCAGCAAGAAGUUCUGCUUCCAAGUAAGGCAUUCAUUUUGCUACCAUGGACUGUCUCCAUGACAACAGGACGUCGACACCUUUGAAAGAAUUACUGAUCUCUUGCUCCGAGGCAUGACCCCCUUCAGGACUGACCUCGAGCUGAUUAGAUGUUUCCAUUGUGUUGCCUCAGCCAAGGAGUUGAUGUGAUGUAUGUCUUGUAUGGAUAUGUUUGGAGUUGGGAGGUACUGAUAGAGUAGCCUUGUCUAGGUAAACGUAUUUUGUCUUCCCCUAGUUAAGCUCUUGUGUCAUUGAAGCACAAUUGAACACAAUUAACACUCAUACAGAUUUGUCUUUAAAUAAAUAGCAGUUUGCUUUUUUUUUAGUAAACAAGCAGAAUCUUUACUUACUAUAAUUAUGUGUAAGUCUGUUUAUACAAAAGAAACCACCAGAUGCUUAUUAAGAUAUUUUAGGUAGAUGAAAUGGAUUAAGUCAAUGGCUACUUACAUAGUUCAUAGUCCCUUUUUUCAUCCAUGAAAUGAGUCCUUUUCUCCUAUUCAUUGAGAUCCAGCUUUGUACUUUUUAUUUCCUUUUUAUUUUCCAGGUCCCAAGAUGAAAAAUUAGAAUCCAAGCAGAGAAGAGAUAAAUUAGAGUGAAUUAUAGGUGUUUGGGUCAAGCACCAACUGUCUGGAAUGCCGCUUUGCUCCUUCGCUACUCUAUUUAAAGAGCAUGAAGAGGUGUCCAUGCUCUCUUGGACACAGCUGACUUAGCAUCUCACAUGGUUGCAGUAAGGAAAGAUCAUGCCCUCGACAAUAGUUUAGAUAGAUUUAAAAGAUAUUAACAUUGAAUUAAAAGGAGAUUAUAACCUUUGUGAAUGUGUAACAAUGGUCCUAAAUGAUUCAUUUGAUGAAAAUAAUUUUAUUUGCUUUGUCUUCUGUUGUAAAGCAUGCAGGAAGCCUCAUUGUCUUGUGGCGUUCCACAGGGGUCAACUUGGGGGCCACUGAUGUUUAAGUGUAUUCUGGGUUUCAUCUUUAGAAGGCAUAUUUGCCUUUCUGGAUGAGUUGAGGGUGUGUCACACAGCAGUUAAGACGGCCUGCACUAACCACACAUCACAAGAAUGCAGACAAAACAGUUAAAAUGUCUUUAAUUAUUAACAUCACAAUGAUAAGUUUUACCUUGCACAGAGCAGAGCACUCUUCACUUCUGCUUUGGAAGUUCAUCUCGGUGACUCUGGAAGUUAUCCAAAAUGAAAUUCGACAAUAUACUUUCAGAAAUAGGUGGCGUUGGAAAAUUUCAAAUUAAAUUAAUCUUGAUCCAGGUCCUAUCUCGAAUCACGGUACCUUGUCACUUCCUGCUCAAUAACUUCAUGGCCGGGGUUCCCGUUCACCACUGCGAUAUCAGCACUCUGGAUAACUUAAGCAUCUCCUCGAAUUUAACUUUGGAACAGAAGCUGAGCGUUAAUAUUCCGACAGAGACAGACGGGACUCUGAGCUCCUGUAUGAUGUUUUCCGAGCCUCGAUAUCCAAACAGCAGUGAGGAGUCAUCGGUUGUUCAGUGUCAAAACGGAUGGGUAUACGACAAAACCUAUUUUAAAUCGACAAUAGCGACAGAGUGGGAUCUUGUGUGCAGCAGGAAAGGUAUGAACAAAGCAACAGCCACCAUCUUCUUCAUUGGGGUUAUGUUAGGAGCGCCUUUGUUUGGAUUUCUUAGUGACAGAUUUGGCAGACGCCGGCUGCUCUUGGUGUCCUAUCUGACAACUAUGACAUUUGCCGUCCUAAGUGCGCUCUCCCCGUCCUAUGCAAUGUUUGGAGUUAUGCGUUUUUUCACUGGGAUGUCCAUUGCUGGAAUAAGUAUCAUCUCAAUUGUUCUAAAUUUAGAGUGGUUGGGCGUAGAACAGAGGACACUCUAUGGUAUCAUCUUCAGCCUUGAUUGGACACUUGGAAGCUGCAUUUUGGUCGGAAUGGCAUAUUUUGUAAAUGAGUGGAGGUUGCUCAUUCUGGCCGUGACCUCGCCCUUGAUAUUGGCCCUGGUUGCUUGGAGGUGGCUUCCGGAGUCUGGAAGGUGGCUUGUGGCUAAAGGAAAGAUCGAUGAUGCCCAUUAUUACAUCAAUCAAUGUGCAGAAAUGAACAACAGACGCAAAUGCAUGGCCAAUAUCACGCCUAGGGCAUUAUUGGAAUCGGUCGAAACCCACACCGAUGACAGGAAGUACACUUUUAUCGAUCUUUUCAAAACGGCGAGUUUAAGGAAACUCGGCAUAUGCCUUGGGAUUGUAUGGUUUGGCGUAGCGUUUACUUACUAUGGAAUAAGUCUCAACAUCACUGGGUUUGGAUUAAACCUGUACCUCACUCACUUUGUAUUUUUAUCAAUUGAAGUACCAAUGAAGAUUGCCAUUUAUUUCGUAUUGGAAAAAAUUGGGAGAAGCCCAGCUCAGGCUGGGACAAUGCUGUCAACUGGUCUCUUCCUUUUCAUCAACAUGUUUGUCUCAAAAGAUAAGUGGAUCGUUCGUACGAUUAUCGGAGUUCUAGGAAAAGCCGUGUCGGAAGCAUCGUUCACAAUCAUAUUCUUCUACACGAUUGAGCUCUAUCCCACAGUUAUACGACAGAACGGUCUUGGCUAUACUUCCUUUGUAGCUCGACUAGCUGUGUCCAUAUCUCCAUUGAUCAUGCUUCUUGAAGAUGUGUGGCCUCUCCUACCACCUAUGACUUAUUGCGCAACGGCGGUUGUGCCCGGUUUAGUGGCCAUACUCCUGCCUGAAACUAAUAAUACCAGAAUGCCUGAGUUCAUAGAGGACCUUGACAUACCAAGGGAAAAAAUAACAAGGGGGAAGACAAUCUAAUGAAGAAAAGAAUAAACUGAUGUAUCCUGGCCAUACUCUACUCAGCCUAAACGAAAAGGCAAAGAAUUGUGGAGCUGCAAAAGUAUUUAGCAAUAAAGUUCGAAGACAAAAUAAUUCAGCUGUUUGUAUCACUGGCAUUAAGAUAAAGUUGCUGUUAUACUUUUCAAUUCAUCAAACAAACUGUAACAAACUACAGCACAAUACAAGCACAUUCAAUGAUGACCUUCUGAUGACCUCACACCAAACCUUACGCUAAUUGAUAGCCAACCAAGUAUACAGUAUCAUUUGCUGAUUUUCAUGUCAUUCA